GCUAUGUUUUGGGACAGGCUAAUCUGCCAGUGAGCAGUGUGAGGUUCGGAGUGUAUUGUGUGAGCCAGUGUGCGGGGGACAGAUAAGGGAGCCAGCCAGCCUGCCAGCCCAAGCAACCGACCGCCUGACUGCCUGUUUUAAUGUGCUGACUCUGGGGAGAUUUGGGAGGGAAAAAAGAGAGAGAGAGCGAGAGAGAGCGAGAGCGAGAGAGAGAGAGAAACAUAUUGACUCCUCAGACGUGCGCGGACACCCUGGGCUCGUACGCCACCACUACUGCCACCACAGUCAAGCAAGGUCCACUAUCAGAGAGAGAGGGGAGAGAGAGAGAAAUCAAAGAGGAAAGAGAAACCUGAAACAUCCAGAAACCUGAAAAUCUAAACCUGAGGAUUUUGUAUCACCCCACUACCUUUACCCCGCACUUCUUCAACUGCUGCUUUCCUUUUUUUUAUUUUUUAUUUUUCUUUAUUUGUUUGUUUCUUCGCUUUUUUGUGUUUUUUUUUUCCGGGGACUGACUCCCAAUCCGUGAGGCAAAGGAGGAAAGAACUGAAGGGGAGACCACUGGCAGAAACCAGAGAGAACAAGGAACGUGAAAGAGCAAAAAAAAGCACUGAAUCUGAAGAUGUUCGAAAUUAGCCGAACACUCAACGCAGCGUUGUUGAGCAAUGAGCAGCAUCUCAAGAUGAUGGCGAGGUACGGGCAGCUCUCGGGACUAGCAGCCAGUGGCGCGGGCUCCGUCCCCGAGACGCACUCGCCGCUAUUUCCCAGGGAUCCCCUGUCGACGCCAGCCCAGCUGGGCUACAGGUCACCCCUGGGGUCGACAGAGACUCAGUGGCGUCAGGCAGAGCUCCCGCAGCUCCAGGGCUGGGCAGAGAAAGGACUGCUGACACAGCCAAAGAUGAUCAUCAGUAACAUGGAGGCCCCGGUGUCAAACGGCCCCAGCGGCAACACCUCCAACGGGCCGACCACCAACAGCCGCGGCUGCCCCUCCCCGAUGCAGACCGGCGGCGCCACGGACGACAGCAAGACCAACCUCAUCGUCAACUACCUGCCCCAGAACAUGACCCAGGAGGAGUUCCGCAGCCUGUUCGGCAGCAUCGGAGAGAUUGAGUCCUGCAAGCUUGUCCGUGACAAGAUCACAGGUGAGACCACAGGACAGAGUCUUGGAUACGGGUUUGUUAACUACAUUGACCCAAAGGAUGCAGAGAAGGCCAUCAACACAUUAAACGGACUGAGACUCCAGACCAAAACAAUCAAGGUGUCGUACGCACGGCCAAGCUCCGCCUCCAUCCGCGAUGCCAACCUGUAUGUGAGCGGCCUGCCCAAGACCAUGACCCAGAAGGAGCUGGAGCAGCUCUUCUCCCAGUAUGGACGCAUCAUUACCUCUCGCAUCCUGGUCGACCAGGUCACAGGCCCCACAGGCGGCUCCCGGGGCGUGGGCUUCAUCCGCUUUGAUAAGAGGAUAGAGGCCGAGGAGGCCAUCAAGGGCCUGAACGGUCAGAAGCCGUCCGGCGCCGCCGAGCCCAUCACCGUCAAGUUCGCCAACAACCCCAGCCAGAAGACCAGCCAGGCCCUGCUGUCCCAGCUGUACCAGUCCCCCAACCGGCGUUACCCUGGGCCCCUGCACCACCAGGCCCAGCGGUUCAGGCUGGACAAUUUGCUUAAUAUGGCCUAUGGCGUAAAGAGGUUCUCCCCCAUCACCAUUGACAGCAUGACCAGCCUGGUGGGCAUGAACAUCCCGGGCCACACGGGGACCGGCUGGUGCAUCUUCGUGUACAACCUCUCCCCCGACUCCGACGAGAGCGUUCUCUGGCAGCUGUUUGGGCCGUUCGGCGCCGUCAACAACGUCAAGGUGAUCCGCGACUUCAACACCAACAAGUGCAAAGGCUUCGGCUUCGUCACCAUGACGAACUACGACGAGGCGGCCAUGGCGAUCGCCAGCCUCAACGGCUACAGGCUGGGCGACCGCGUCCUCCAAGUCUCCUUCAAGACCAACAAGACGCACAAGUCUUGAGCCAGUGAACCGGUGAAUCCAGUUUGCACCCCCCCCACCACCACCACCACCACCACCACCACCACCCCCCUUCCAUCGCCAACUUGGUCCAGUCCAAACACCCCCCUACCCUGUCCCCCUUCAAACGCCUCUCCCCCGAAACCCCUCACCCCACCCUCCCCAACCCCACCCCAGAACACCCCAACCCCCCCGGUCCCUUUCGUCACAACCUUCUAUUGCCACUCUCUGACAGCCAUCCGACACAGCAAACUCAACCCCAAACUUCAACCCCAAACUCAACGCCAACACAGAGCAACCGAUUAAAAAAUCAUCAACAAAUUGAACUAGAAAUGGCUUAUAUUAUAACUUUGGACCUAUAAGCCAAUGUUGCCUAAGUAUUACAAAAAUGAAAUGAUGAAAUGUGUCCAUAUGUUUUCGGAAGCUCCUGUGAUAAAACAGGCUUCUCUCUUUGAUGUGUAAUUUUUCUGUUUGUUUGUUUGAUUGUUUGUUGUGGUUGUUAAAGAAAAUGAUUUUUCUCUUCUGUGCACACAGUAGCAAACCCCCCUGUACUUCCCUUAUUUCAGAGAAGAGAGUUUUAGAUUGAAACCUUUUUCUCUGUCUUGAUUCAGGAUUGGUUUUUCUUUUUGAAAUCCGGAUCCACUGUCGUCAACGGUUACGUCCCCCCCUGUGGUUAAAAGGGAGGGGGCUCCUCAGUUUAAGUUUGGUUUUCAAUUGGUGAACCAUUCAUUCAUUUUUUUUCGUGUAAGUAUUUGAUUCCCUCUCCACAGCCCCACCCCCUUAUAGAUUAUAGAUGGGACGGCAUCGUCCCCGAUAACUGAUGCAGAUAAAAUAUGAAUUUCUAA